CUUCGAGUUUUGUCUAUUUGUCCUGAACUUUUUUUUUUUUCUUCUUUAGUUGUCUCAACUUCAUCUUGAAUCACAAGUAAAACAAUAAUUAGGAUGACUAUCAACUCAGUCCUACCUUUCACUUCGGAAGCAGUAUCUAACCAUGGAGGUCUAUACAGCAAAAUUCCUUGGUCCCGCCGUUCUUUAUCGUACCCCAUAAAACUGGGCCUAGGCCUAGUGGUCUUCAUCAUGAUGAUGCUGAUCGUCCAAGAAAGAUAUCAAACCAGUCUCAGCUCGUCUUCAAAGUCCCACAAAGAUGUCUCUAUCCCUACACCUCAUACGACUCAACCAAUAUCAACAACCAGAUUCCCUCGUGUCUUCGAUAUCAUUCUCCUCAACAGCGAACUCGAACUGCUUGAUAUCCGUCUGAAUGAACUGUAUGAUGUAGUAGAUUACUUUGUGAUCAUCGAGUCGCCUAUAACCUUCUCCGGUAUUACAAAGCCUCUUCACUAUUAUGAAAACCAAGAGCGCUUCAAAGUCUUCCGUAAAAAGAUUAUCCAUGUAGUCAUUCCAACAUCUGACUUUGCUGACAAGCCAAGGGGCUGGGAGAUUGAAAGAGCAACUAGAAAUAUCGGUUUUUGGAGAGCACUAGACAUCCAUCGCCCUGUCGAAGGCGAUUUCUUGGUCCUCUCGGAUCUCGACGAGAUUCCACGCUCGUCUGUUAUCACGGCUAUGAAGCUUCAGGAUCCGCAAUCUAACUUGGGAACAAUCUUUGGCGACGGAACUCCAGGGUCAGGAGGCGAUAUCUUCCGUUUUGGUUGCCAAUUUUACUACUACUCAUAUGAAUUCCGUCACAUUCAUGGCCAAUGGAACGGACCCGUUAUUGUGCGCUAUCGCGAGUCUGAUUCUCCACGUCUCGAUAGACAAGCGAGCGAGAAGCAAAGGCUAGCAAUGCACGAUUUAUCAAGAGAUGAUUGGAGGAACGCAGGUGAGAGGCUGAGGGGGUUCCGUAACUUGGAUGAAGCCACCUACAUAAGCGAUGCAUGCCAUCAUUGCAGCUGGUGCUUUCCCAAUAUUACCCAGGUUAUCACCAAAGUCGAAUCUUACUCGCAUUCGGAGCAUAACCAGCCAAAGUACAAGGAACGUCAGUGGAUUCUAGAACGGUAUAGCCAAGGGUUAGAUCUGUUUGAGCGCGAUUGGGACCGAUUCGAGUAUGUUGCGAACAACAAAGAUCUGCCAAAAUUUAUCCUUGAUAAUCCCAAGAGAUUUGAAUACAUGACUUCAAGAAAAGGAAAGGCCAAUGCCGGCUUUGUGGAUGUUGACCCAUUGAACCCUUAAUAGACCUAUUUUAUCAGCAUUAGAAGCAAAAAUAAAAUAUCACGUGCAUGAGAUCACUAAAAGAG